UCAAUUUGUUUUAAUAUUUUUAUGUCUUUUCGCAUUUAACUUCUCAUUUAUCUGCUUCAAACCUGCAGAUUGCUAUAACUGGUAAAAGUUUCUAUAGAGCUUCUGUUAUUGCAACGGAGUUGAUCAUGAAUAACAUCCUACGGAUUGAGCAUGUCAAUGAUAUUGGAAAUGUUAUGUUAUUUCUUGGAAAACUAUGCGCCAGCCUGUCAAGUGCUGUUUUUGCUUUCCUCAUGUUGGAAACACAGAAGUUCAAAUCUGCACAUAACAAGAUCUCAUCUCAACUUUUGCCUGCUGUGGAAGCAGUGGCCAUCACUACAGCUGUUGUGUUUGAUUUUGAAAGUAUUUUUGCAACAAAGAGAACUAAAUGAGGUAUAUUUUGGUGGGGUCGGUUCGUAUGCCCUCCUUGCCGUGCUGAUGGCCAUGUUGCGUGUAGUGAUUCUUAAAUAUGCUUUCAAAGUUCUUUAUAAGGCUUUUCUAUUCAACAUGUGAUCCACCUCUAUAUCAACAACAGAAAUAAACCCUGAAAUCCACUUUUUUUUUUCUU